AUGCAGCCUACCUUUGCAGAAACAGCUGCCCAGGCGGUCCAGGCAAGGAACCGCAUCCGCAGCCACAUCUACCAGACGCCCGUGAUCCCAUCCCGCAAGAACAGCGACAGCAGCGCCACCAAGCUCUUCUUCAAGGCGGAAAACUUCCAACUCACCGGCUCCUUCAAGCUCAGGGGCGCCAUGUCCAAAAUGUCGGCCCAGCCGCCCGGCCGCAGCCAGCGGCUCAUCACCGCAUCCUCGGGCAACCACGGCAUCGGGGCUGCGUGCGCGGCGCGCGCGCUCUCCAAGGACCUCACCGUCGUGCUUCCGGACGCCGUGGUCCCCGCGAAGCUGCGCAAGAUCGAGUCGUACGGCGCGCGGGUGAUUCUCCACGGCGCCGAGACGGGUCUCGCCGAGCAACACGCGCAGAAGCUCGCGGCCUCGGGGGAAUACACCUACAUCUCGCCCUACAACGACCCCGACAUUGUCGCCGGCCAGGGGAGCAUUGGGCUUGAGAUCCUGGAGCAGUGUCCGGAGGUGGACAACAUCUUCAUCGCCAUGGGCGGCGGCGGACUCAUCAGUGGCAUCGGGUCCGUUUGCAGGGCGUUUCAGCCCAGGACCAAGAUAUACGGUGUUUCGGCAGUCAACUCCAUGGCCCUUGCCGAGUCGAUGAAGGCGGGAAAGGUGGUGGAAACGGAGCAUCUGGAUACAUUGGCCGAGGCUGUGGCCGGCGGCAUGGAUGAGGAUUCCAUCACGCUUCCACUGGCCUUGUCUGUUGUGGAUGAGGUCGUCGAGUGCAAUGAGGAAGACAUCGUGGCUGCUUUGAAGGCGAUUGCGUUGGAGGAGAACAUGAUUGUGGAAGGGUCCGCGGCUCUUGCGCUCGCCGGCUACAACAAGGUCGCGGACAAGGUUGCUGGCCAGACGAACGUUGUUGUCCUGUGUGGUGCCAACUUUGACCAACAACGCCUCCUCCGCCUCAUCUUUGGGUAG